AUGUCCGCAGAGGAUGCUGCUGUUGCUGCAGAGGUCUGCUCAAUCAUGGCGAAGGAAACAGAUCACAAAUCUCAAUAUGAUGGGCUCCUCGUCGUGAUGGAGAGGAUUUUUCCUACUCGAGUUACCAUUAUUGCACUUGAAACUGGCAGUCAAGUUGUGUCGAGGCAACUAAUCAGUGCCAUCGCACAGCGGGUGGAAUCAUGUCAACAGAACGAGUCUUCUAUCUUGAUAUUAGCUGAUUCCAUCCUGGCAGUUCUCGAUACGACUAGCCUUGCAUUUGAGGAACAGAAAUGUGCCAUUCGUGCUCGACUGGCUAGUCUUCAUGAGGAAGCCGGCCGUUAUGUUGAAGCAGCUGAAACCCUGAAAAAGAUUUCCACAGACAGUGCACAGCGACCUUGCUCUCCUGCUCAAAAGAUGGCGCUAUACCUGCGUAUUGGACGCUUACUUCUGGAUAGCGGUGAUUACGCAGAAGCUGAACAAUACGUCAAUCGGGCUAGUUUGCUGCAAACUGAGAAGGAUUGCGACUCAUAUAAUGUAGAAUACAAGGCGAUAUAUGCAAGAGUGCUUGACGGCCGCCGAAAGUUCACGGAUGCAGCACAGCGCUACCACGAGUUAUCACUGGUCGUUGAUCUACCUGAAAGUGAUCAGAAAACAGCACUUUCUCGCUCAAUAACAUGUACAAUUCUUGCUGCACCAGGUACUGCUCGUUCUCGAAUGCUGAACACUUUGUUCAAAGAUCCACGAGCGGCUGAACUGCCGUCGUUCUCACUUUUGGAAAAACUCUACCUGGAUAGACUAAUAAAAGCACCAGAGCUUGUGGAGUUUGAACGAGAGCUGCAACCGCAUCAGCGAACGAAUGAACAUGGUCAGUCAAUAGUCGAAGGCGUGAUUGUGGAGCACAACAUGACGGCCGUUUCAAGACUCUACAAUAAUAUCGCACUGUCUACGCUUGCUGAGCUGUUGGGAAUUUCUGCGGAUAAGGCGGAAGAAAUCGUUGCGCAGAUGAUAUCCAGUGAGCGUCUAAUUGGACACAUCGACCAGCUGGAAGGAUUUGUUCAUUUUGAACAGCGCGAUCCGUUGAAGCUUUGGGAUGAGCAAAUUAUGACAUUCUGUCAACUGGUG